CCAGGCUGGUGUAGUGGAGCGUGGCCCAGCGUUAUGGGCCUGAUGUCGCCCAGUCUGCCGUGCACCGCCGACGUCCUCGCUAUAUAGGUCACCAGGUACCAUGCAAAAACAUGACUGGGAAGAAGAGCCCAGAAGUCGGCCGUCUUCUAGAAGGAACUCUGCCUCGCUAUCCAGAAGGGGCAGUUUAAACAAGGAGCCAGAGGGAAAGAAGAUCAACGUCACACCAAGCUCUGCCAACUCCACACCGAAGAGAGUCUACAAACCACAGUAUUUUGACUUCACAGUCACUGGAAAACAAAUAUCUGCCAGGGGAGACCGCGCGAACUCCCUCCCCGGCUCCUACCAUCGGCGGCCGUCAGUGGACUCCAUGUUGAAGACCAAGCGAAGCCUGGACUCCGCGCGGAAGACCACACCCAAGAGCAGAGAGUCACUGGACGAUGAUAUGUCGCUGGAUUUGUCACAGGUAUCAGACUUCGAAGACAUGAACGCGAAGUACGGUUUACGGGGGAAGAUCGCCUCGAUGUCCACGAAGAAGACCCAGAAGCCCCGAAGUAGCUCUCUGCAGAGCGUCCCCGUGCAGAGGGAGCCGAGAAGACUGCUGAAGUCCGCGGACUCCAAGCGUAGCAGGGAGAACACGCUGUCCUGUAGCCGAGAUAGUCUUUACAAGACUUCUAGUACUUACAGACAGGCGAUGAGCUCAGAGUUGGAGUACUCGUCCAUGUCCCCGGAAUACUCGGCUCCAUCUUCAGUGUCGGUGGACAGCGGACCAGGUGGCAGACAAGACACCCUAGUUUCUCCACCCAGCCAGGAUCCACCGGAUUAUAGCUGUUGCGUGAGCACAUGGCAGGAGGUGAGCGAGGCCGCGGGGGCUCCGGUGGUGGGGGCUGCGGGGGCGGACGAGGGGGAGUGGAGCCACUUCUGGGCGAACUACAACAACUCCCUGGCGCGCGUGCCCGUCAGCCGCUACUACGACCAGUGCCCCACGCCAUACCGCACUGAGGAUAUCGAGCUGGCUGAUCUAGAAUUUUCAGAUAUCUCCAAGAAGCGGUCUCCUGACAAUUUGAACGCUAUCAGCCACAUCGUACGAAACGAGGGCCUGCGGCUGACCCCCCGGGAGACGCAGAACAUCAUCAAAUGCGCACACAUCCUCGGCAACGUCCUCUCCAAGGCCAUAGACCGACAAUCCCAAGACCGAAAAAGUCCAGAAAAAGUACAAGAACUAAGACCGGAGUCGGACCCCGCGUAUGCAAGAAAAAAGUCGUUAACUCUAAACCUGAGAGAGACGGUCAUGCCGCUCGAGGUGAAGGAGGAAAAGAGAUGGGAGAGCGUGCCAACGCAAACUGACAUUUCGUUGCCGAACACGAAAAGCGCGCCAAGAAUUUUCGAAAGUAUUCUUCGACAGCUGUCAAAGAGUUCGCUAGAAGAUGCCCAAAAUAAAGAAGUGAAGAAGGAGGAACCUCCAGUCAGUGAACCGUGAGUGAUAGCCGAUAGGAAAUCGAACAUUAACAAGUUUAGCGUUUACCUAAUUAUUUAGUUCUUUUUCUGGUACAUACUCCAUUUAAUUUAAA